AUGUCUUUCUCCAAGGUUCACCCCACUGUUGUCGUCGAUUCUGUCUGGACCUCGUGCAAGUCUGUCCCGAUUCCAUCGACCGACAUUCUAACAUAUACCUUCGGCAAUCUCAGUCGAUAUGACGACGAUACCCCGAUCUUUAUCGACGCGAACCAUCCGAGUCAUAGGAUUUCCGCCAAACAAGCUCUGCGGACGGUUCGUCAACUGAUCAAGGGCCUGAAAGCGCUUGGCUUAAAGGAGGGGGAAUGUGUGUGCCUGCACGCCUUCAACAACAUCUGGUAUCCCUUGAUCUGGCUGGGAAUCAUCGGUUCCGGGGGUCGUGUCGUCGGGUCCAAUCCCAGAUACGCCAAGUCUGAACUGGUUCAUCUGCUCGAUCUGACCAAGCCAAAGUUCGUCUUCGCUCAGAUGGACUGCAUGGAUCCAAUCGUUGAAGCAGCUGCCGCCACCCAGUCCAAGAUUGACCCCACCAACAUCUUCAGCAUUGACCCUGUGGAGGACUACGCCCGUGUUGCGGCCACGAUGGAGGCCGGGUCACCCAUAGUGGGUGGCCCAUGCAAUGUGUUCAGCCUGCCCAGAAGCGACAUCCCGCCUAUUCGUGGUCACUCCAGCUGGCGCACGUUGCUGCUCAGAGAUGAAAUUGAUUCGCCUCUUCCCACAAAUGACGGCAAAUUCAACCAAGAGAGUAUUGCAGUGUACUCACUGACUAGUGGUACGACUGGCCUUCCAAAGACUGCCUUGAUCUCACAUCGAUCCAUUGUUGUGCAGACUGCGCUGCUAGAGGAUCAAUUAGGCGCCACACCACAUCAACCAUUACAGCUUGUCUGCCUACCUGUCUUUCAUGCCUUUGCAUCACCCCUUGCGUUGGUAUUACCACUCCGAGUGGGCAUUCCGACAUUCUUCCUCCCCAAAUGGUCCCUUCCGGAGUAUUUGAGAGCGGUCGAAACUCACGCCAUCACCGAUGUCCCGGUGUGUCCACCAAUUGUCAGUGCUUUGACCCAGCUUCCGGUUUCGGAACAUCCCCGACUCAAGAGCCUCCGACAUGUCAUGUCUGCCGGUGCCGCUUUGCCUGCGACGGUUCAAAACAAAUUAUACCAUGUGUUGGCGCCUCAGGCAGUGGUAACCCAAGUUUGGGGUACCACAGAGGCAGGAUGGCACACUUUCGGAGACCUGCAAGAAAGAGAUCGUUCGGGAAGUGUUGGCCGAUUGCUGCCACAUGUUCAUCUGAAGCUGGUUUCAGAGGACGGAGACCUCGUAACAGAAGAGGGCAAGCCAGGCGAGGCGUUCAUCAAGACGCCGAUGCUAUUCUCAGGGUACCUGCAGAACAGCGAAGCGAACGCAGAUGCUUUCGACCCUGAGGGCUUUUACCGGACCGGCGACCAACUGUAUGUGCAAGAUGGCAAGCUGUAUUACACCGACAGGAUCAAGGAAACCAUGAAAGUCCAUGGCUGGCAAGUAUCACCGACAGAGCUGGAGAGCGUCCUGAUCCAGCACCCGCGGAUUGUGGAUGCGGCUGUCGUCGGCAUCACUCGAAACAACUUGCUCGGCAUCCCCGAAACAUUCCCGACUGCUUAUGUGGUGCGCAGCGCCCUCGGUAGUGGACUCCCACUGACAGAGCAGGAAGUGAAGGAUUUCAUCGCCGCCAGGCUUAUCUCAUACAAGCGCAUCACAGGCGACGUCAACUUCGUCGACCAGAUCCCUCGAUCCUCGGCUGGAAAGAUCCUCCGCCGGAACCUACUCCAGACGGCACGAUCUGAUUGA